CACUGCUUAUAAUAAUAUCUCCAACUCAUCUCACUUUCAUGAACCCACAAAAAAGGGUAAAAAAUAACAAAGAAAGAGAAGAAAAAAAAAUGUACUCUUCUUCAUCAAGAAACGCAUUUGAGGAUGGCAAAUACAAAACAGAUCUCUUAACCGUGGACUCAUCAUCUCACUGCUUCAGAACGACGCCGUCUUCUUCUUCUCCGGCUCCGCCGAAGGGUCUGUUGAUAGCGACGCCGGUGGAGGAAGGAGAAUAUCCGGUGGUGAUGCUCCUCCAUGGUUACCUUCUCUACAACACCUUUUAUUCUCAGCUUAUGUUGCAUGUCUCUUCUCAUGGCUUCAUCCUCAUCGCUCCUCAGUUAUAUAGCAUCGCUGGACCGGACACGAUGGAAGAGAUCAAAUCAACGGCGGAGACAAUGGAUUGGUUAUCCGUCGGACUUAACCACUUUCUUCCACCACAAGUAACACCAAACCUAACCAAAUUCGCACUCUCUGGCCAUAGCCGCGGAGGAAAAACCGCUUUUGCAGCUGCUCUAAAGAAAUUUGGAUACUCCUCGGAUCUAAAGAUCUCGACACUGAUCGGUAUAGAUCCAGUGGAUGGAAUGGGGAAAGGGAAACAAACCCCUCCUCCCGUUUUAACCUAUGAACCAAACUCAUUUGACCUAGACAAAAUGCCUAUUCUAGUGAUUGGUUCGGGGCUUGGUGAAACUGCGCGAAACCCGUUGUUCCCUCCGUGCGCGCCUCCUGGAGUUAACCAUCGAGAUUUCUUCCGGGAAUGUCAAGGUCCGGCUUGGCAUUUUGUCGCACAGGAUUACGGGCAUUUGGACAUGCUUGAUGAUGAUACAAAGGGGAUUAGAGGGAAGAGUUCUUAUUGUUUGUGUAAGAAUGGUGAAGGGAGAAGACCAAUGAGGAGAUUUGUUGGUGGAAUUGUUGUGGCAUUUUUGAUGGCUUAUUUGGAAGGAGAUAAUUCUGAGUUGGUUAAGAUCAAAGAUGGAUCUCACGAUGGUGUUUCCAUCGAAAUUCAAGAGUUUGAGGUUAAAAUGUAGGAACUAAUUUCCUUAGGGGUUGGUUUUUCCUAUUUUCUUUAUAGAUUAGUUGUUCUUUGUUGAAUGUAUCUUAUGAAGUUAUAAUGUAAAACUCUUUACUUAAGUGACCUCUUUUGACUC